CCCCACCCGGCGCAGAAGGCUGGAGACGGGACCGAGCACAGGCCGCGCGGCGCCUCGGACAAGACUCCAGCCGGGUUUUCCCUGGCUCCCACGACCCUCGCCAUUCUCCAAGCCGCCCUCCUCUGGCUCUGUCCCACUAGUCGCCCACCACCCUCCAGCUCCAGGCGUCCCCCAGAAAUAUCCCCGGGACUCUCUCUGCCUGGGUCAGCGCCCGCCCGGGACCCCACCUCUGUGCACAUCCCCAGCCCAGCUCCUGCUGCGCCCUCCUGCUCCUUUCCCUCCCCACCCCCGUGAAGUAUCCUUGCCGCCCGCCCUUCAGUGCUACCCUGCAGCCAGCAGCUCCCCCGUCUGCUCUCUCAGUGCAGUGACCCCUGUGCAGCCACCAUGUUCAGCUGGCUGAAGCGGGGUGGAGCCCGGGGCCAGCAGCCCGAGGCCAUCCGCACGGUGACCUCGGCGCUCAAGGAACUGUACAGAAGCAAGCUGCUGCCGCUGGAGGAACACUACCGCUUCGGCGCCUUCCACUCGCAGGCCCUGGAGGAUGCUGACUUCGACGGCAAGCCCAUGGUGCUGGUGGCUGGCCAGUACAGCACGGGAAAGACCAGUUUCAUCCAGUACCUGCUGGAGCAGGAGGUACCCGGCUCCCGUGUGGGGCCCGAGCCCACCACCGACUGCUUUGUGGCCGUCAUGCACGGUGACACCGAGGGCACUGUGCCCGGCAAUGCCCUGGUUGUGGACCCUGACAAGCCCUUCCGGAAGCUCAACCCAUUCGGGAACACAUUCCUCAACAGGUUCAUGUGUGCGCAGCUCCCCAACCAGGUCCUAGAGAGCAUCAGCAUCAUCGACACCCCCGGCAUCCUGUCAGGCGCCAAGCAGAGAGUGAGCCGCGGCUAUGACUUCCCAGCAGUGUUGCGCUGGUUUGCGGAGCGCGUCGACCUCAUCAUCCUGCUCUUCGACGCGCACAAGCUGGAGAUCUCCGAUGAGUUCUCCGAGGCCAUCGGCGCCCUGCACGGCUACGAGGACAAGAUCCGUGUGGUGCUCAACAAGGCUGACAUGGUGGAAACGCAGCAGCUGAUGCGAGUGUACGGAGCGCUCAUGUGGGCGCUGGGCAAGGUGGUGGGCACGCCAGAGGUCCUGCGCGUCUACAUUGGCUCCUUCUGGUCGCAGCCGCUCCUCGUGCCCGACAACCGGCGCCUCUUCGAGCUAGAGGAGCAGGAUCUGUUUCGCGACAUUCAGGGCCUGCCGCGCCACGCAGCACUGCGCAAGCUGAACGACUUGGUGAAGCGUGCACGGCUGGCCAGGGUGCAUGCGUACAUCAUCAGCUACCUGAAGAAGGAGAUGCCCUCCGUGUUUGGGAAGGAGAACAAGAAGAAGCAGCUGAUCCUCAAGCUGCCCGUCAUCUUUGCCAAGAUCCAGCUGGAGCACCAUAUAUCCCCUGGCGACUUUCCCGACUGCCAGAAGAUGCAGGAGAUGCUGAUGGCCUACGACUUCACCAAAUUCCACUCCCUGAAGCCGAAACUGCUGGAGGCUCUGGAUGAGAUGCUGACCCAGGACAUCGCCAAACUAAUGCCCCUGCUGAGGCAGGAGGAGCUGGAGAGCACGGAGGUGGGAGUGCAGGGCGGUGCCUUCGAGGGCACCCACAUGGGGCCCUUCGUGGAGCGGGGCCCGGAUGAGGCGCUGGAGGAUGGUGAGGAGGGUUCCGACGAGGAGGCUGAGUGGGUGGUGACGAAGGACAAGUCCAAGUACGACGAGAUCUUCUACAACCUGGCACCGGCGGAGGGCAAGCUGAGCGGCUCCAAGGCCAAGACCUGGAUGGUGGGCACCAAGCUCCCCAACUCUGUGCUGGGGCGUAUCUGGAAGCUGAGCGACGUGGACCGCGACGGCAUGCUGGAUGAUGAGGAGUUCGCUCUGGCCAGCCACCUCAUCGAGGCCAAGCUGGAGGGCCAUGGGCUGCCCACCAACCUGCCCCGCCGCCUCGUGCCACCCUCCAAGCGGCGCCACAAGGGCUCUGCUGAGUGAGCCGCUGCCACACGGCCCUGCUUCCAUGCGCCCUGCUCUGGCUCCCGUUGGCACUCGCAACCCCUGCUGCGACUCACACGCGCCACCCUGCCCGGCUGUGAGGACGGGGUCUUCCUCUCCCGCCACCAGACACUUGGGUCCAAGCAUUUAGUCCGGACCGGGAGGAGGGCAAGAUUCCUCACUGCCGAUCUUCACACUUCGUGGCACAUUAUGGCCACGCUGCACCCCACAUACAUACAUGCAUUCGGGCACAUCACACUGGCAGGAACACAUGGGCACUGGCCCCCACAUCAUUCAUUCAAGUAUUUAUUGAGCACCUACUACAUUGCCCGGCCCUCAUGGAGCUGCCAUUCUCAGGAAAGGGCACAUAACGAUCACACAGAAGCACACCAAAAGGACAGACCCCCCUAUUCUUCCUGCCUAGCCAGGCAAAGACUCUUACCUUCCCCUGUCCUCAGGUCUUGGGACCACUGGAGGCCCUCGACCUCCUGCUUCCUCAGAGGGGCCCUCUUCUGCCCCCUCCCCAUCUUUUGGGGAAGCCUCAAUUUCUGACCACACUAUUCCUUUAAUUUGUAGCAGGUAGGAAAACCCCUUCCUCCCCUGAGGGACCACGCCCCCAUGGAGGGACUUCUGUCCUUUGCCCACCACCUGCUAGCCUGCCCUUGGUCUCACGCAGGUGCCCCAUUCUAGGACUGCUGCAGCCCCGCCUCUCUGCGGCACCUAAGAGGCACCCCUCCCGGAUACAAGGGCGCCAGGGUGUCCUCUAGCACCGAUUUCAGGAAUGUCCUGGGGGAGGGUUCCUGGUGCUACAGCCAGCUCCCCUCCACAGCCCCCCUCCCUACCGUUCAGGCUUUCACCACAUUAGUGCCUCACCCUGGCCGGGGACCCCACGCCCGCGCGGGGGAGGGACAAAUACCUGGAGACCCGGCCCCUCCAGCGGCUCGCUGGGAUUCUCCACGCCCACCGGCCACCCCCACACCCAGGAGCGGCCUCGAACCCGUCCGAGUCCCCACAGAGCGAAUAAAGCCCAGGCUUCUCUCCA